CACAUCGGAAGCGGAUCUGGCAAGGGAUCUGGGUUGCUAGAUCGUGUAUGGCGGCGCGCUGGAGCACCACAGCUAUCUCAGCCCUCCGCUUUUCUGUCUUGGGUUGUGAUCUGCACGCAUAGCUUGCGGACCCGUCUCUCUCGGCCACUGCCAGCGUCCGCCAACCGACCCCCAUGGAGGAGCCCUCACAGAAGAAACACUGCACCCGUUCCCAAACUGCCCUCUCGCUGCGCGUCAACGCCCUGGAGAGCGUCGUGUUUCACCCCUGUGAGUGUCUGGAAGAUUAUCGCAAGCCGCCGGUGACGUUCUCGCCCACGUUCGCUCACCACUUCUUCGGCCUCGACCAGGUCAUCGUGGGGUUCGAGCAGGUCGCCGUGAGGAUCUAUUUCAUCCCAGACACCUUGGACAUGUUCGUCAAGAUUGAUGGCGACAGUCCGUCCAUCCACGCCUCCUGCGAGCGCGUCAUGGCCUGCCUGACCAACGACAAGACCAAGGUGGCCUUCCCGGGCGGCUUCUGCCCUUCGGAGCACGACUUCCUCGCCAAGCUCGAGUGCCGGGCGACCCGUGGGCAAAAAUUCCAGCCGCCCGGAAAGCCUGUGGGGGUGUUGCGGCACACGGCGGGUGCGGGAGAUGAGCAGAUCGAGAUCGAGGUGAGACGGUGCACGUUUGCCGAUAGCGAGUUCAAGUCGCUGCACCGGCGGAUGGAGUGGUUUUUCCACUGGUUCAUCGACGGCGCAUCGAAGAUCGACCAUGACGGACGCUGGCACGUGUACGUCGCGUACAAGCGGCCCCCCGGCGGCGUUGACUACCCGUCCCACAGCCGCAAGCCGAAACCCGGUGCGUCGAGCGGCCGGCCGGCGUGUCUGAGCCUGUGUGGGCUUGCCACCGCCUACACAUUCCCCAGCCUGUCGAGCAGCCGCCGCCGGCUCUCGCAGUUCCUCAUCUUCCCGCACUACCAGAGAAAAGGUCAGUGCGAUGCACUGGACGGAGACGGGGAUGGGAGAGCGGCACUCACUGUCUUGUCUGGUGUUGUGUUGUGUGUGCAGGAGUUGGGUUGGAUUUGUUGCAGCUGAUCUAUCAGCAGACCCUGGACGAUCCCCACGUCUGUGAGGUAACACCAACCCACAGAGCGCAGCACCGACACACCAUGAGACACGUCUUUCCCCCUCCCCCUCCCUCCCCGCCCCCUCCCUGUGUGUGUGAUCCAUCCAUCCACCAGAUGGAUGUCGAAGACCCUGCCCCGGCGUUCGUCCAGCUGCGUGACGUCGUGACGGUCAAGCUAGCCAUCGACAACAACCUGGUGUCCCCCCUCGCACUCUGGCCCCCUCCUCCGGAAGCAGAGGUGCCCAGCUCGGCAUCAGCGGCCUUCCCGGCCAGCAGCGGCCUGGGCCUUACCAACGGCCAUUUCCAGCCCGAAGUCCCCCUAUACAAGACGCGCAACCGCACCCGCGCCCUCCACAAGGCCCUCACCGACACGGGGGCAUCGAGUGGCUCAAGUGCGGCGUGUGGUGACAUGUCGCGCCGGGGCCAGAAGCGGAAGCGCCGGCUGAGUGCGGGGGAUGAGAUAGACAUCGACAGCGGUGUGCCGGCGGUGGCCGCCAGGGACGUGGCCAUGUGCACCAGGAGCAGGACGAGGGGCAUGGAUGGCGGCCGGGCCAGCAGCAGUAGUGCAGCAGCUGCCGCUGGGGGUGGGGGUGGUGGUGGUGGGAGCCACCACGGCACCGGUCGGUCGGGCAUGACGUUGCGCGGGGGGCGAGGGAAGCGGUCUGUGGGCAAAAGCGAGGGGCGGAAAAUGGUCAGUCAGUGAGCGGCACACAACAACACGACGAAAGUGCGUCUAUGCUUUGAAUCCUGCUUGGUCUGAUCUGUAUUGGUGUCCGUCCGUCCCAUCUAUGGUGCAGGAGAAGGUGAAUCAUGCGACGAGUUCCAUCCCCACCAUCGACAGCCUCGCCCUCGACCUCAAAGAAACCAAACAGCAGGCCACACGGUCGGUCGACACCGACACGGACAUCUACCUUACACACACACACACUCUCCUCCCCUCCCUCCCUGCGCAUAUCGUUGGCAUCUGUCAAUCAGGGUGAGGAGGUGCUGCAGUUUGCCCGUCUGCUGCAGCAUCCCCUGCCGGCGGAGAUCCCGCCGUCUUACCUGGAUCCCGGCACCAGUAAGAACGGCCACACCAAGCGGUACCACAAUGGCCACCGCAGCGACACCAUGGAGCUGGAGGCACUGCCCUCGUCCAGCAGCGCGUCGAAUGGGCUGGGGCUGGGGCUGGGCGGGGCCGGUGGUGGCAGUGGCGGCGAGGAGGGCGACUGGGAGAUCUACCGCCUUGGUGUCAUGCACCGGCUGCGCAAGGACGUCAAGGACUCUCUCACCGCGAAGGUCUCACUCACCCCGAAGGUCUCAAAGGAAGAGGUGAGGGAGUGACAGGCAGACAGGCAUCCCCUCCACCCUGGACGUGCUCUCCUCAUUUCUUCUCGUAUGUCUCUGCUCAUCUCAUCCAUUGCUCUUGUGGUCUCGGCGUUCUUCCCUUCCUUGUUCGUCAUUGAUCAGGGUGAUUUGGACUUCUUCGGCCAGUGUGACAAGCGGACCACCGGUGAUCGCACCUUCACCAGAAACGGCGGGGUACGGCACACACACAUACACACACUCAUACAACACGACACGACACCACACACACCACAAUCAUACAUCGAGAGUAGUGUGUAUAUCGACGCACGAACCAUCCAUGUAGAGUUUUUUUGUCGCCCUCGCAUUCCACCCAUCCCAUCGCAUUACAUACAUACUUGAUGGAAGGAAGGCUCACUCGUCGUUGUGUGGCGGUGUGGUUGGUUGGUGUGUCGCAGGUGGAGAAGGCUGUUCAGGACGAGUUCAAGGAGCUCGUGCAGUCAUACAUAAGUAUGUCCAUCACACACACACAUGCACACACACACACACACACACAGACGGGGAUGCCGCGUCUCAUCCGUGUGAUCUUUGUCCGUUGUGUGAUGGGUGCAGGUCGAUUAAGAAAGUGCGCAGGCUCUUCCCGGCUCCCCCACAUAUCAAGAACGAGGGCGACGGUGAGGCCCCCAACCAGCCACGCCCGCCAGCCGGCAAGAAGGUCCGCAAGGGCACCAAGGCCACCAAGGGCACCAAGGCCAAGGGGAAGGCCAAGCCCAAGAGCAAGGCGAAGGCGAGGGGGUAGUGGUUUGUGGGGGGAGAGGGGGAGGAGAGGGGGGGUGAUUGACGGCCAUUUGUGCCUGCCUGCCUGCCUGUCGUGUGUGUGUAUGUGUAUGUGUAUGUGUGUGUGGGAUUGGUUUUGAGUCAUUCAUUUUUUUUCGUCCAUACACACUACCCUCAUCCAUCCAGCCAUCCAUACAUACCGUGUCAUCUUUGUGUCGAUUUUUCCUUGUGUGGGUGUGCUUCUGUUGACUGCCUGCAUGGAUGGACGGAUGUGCGCCGUGUGAGCGGCAGCUGAGCUCAGCUCAGCUCGCUUUGCUUAUAUGUAGUAUAUAAUACGGCUUGCGUCGGUCGUCAUGUUUGUGACAUUUUUAAGGGUGUGCGUACGUGUGUGUGCGUCGUGUGUGUGCGUGAUUUGUGUGAGGAUCGUGCGGGGACACGACACGACAGCCACACUUAUCAGAUAAAGGAAUGCACACCACACCAUACAAGGGGGCUGGCUGUCAUUGGCCCGUCAUGGAUGGCGGCCGCUACCUGACUGACUGACUGACUUGAUAAUGAGUACUUAGGGGGUACCUGACAGACUCACUUGCUGACCGGCAGACAGGCAGACAGAGAGAGAGGGAGGGAGGGAGGGAGCCAGGCAGGUCAUGGCUGUGUUGGUGUGCACACCACACGCAGAAGCACGACAGACAAGUCAGCCAGCUCAGCCCGACCUGACUGACACGUGGAUGUGCGUGAUUACUUGUGUGUGGGUGGGAUGGCCGUCCCGUCGGCGGCACUCGACAGCCUUCGUGAGAGAGGUCAGCAGACAGACAGACAGACAGAC